CCACUUCCGUGUAGACCCACGCUUUGCACGUUACUCGUGGGGGUUUCGGUUCUUCCAAGAUUCGCGUUCAAAAUAUAUUUAUAUUGAUCUGAAAAGAUGAGGCCGCUUACGGAGGAAGAGACGAAAACAUUUUUUGAGAAGCUGUCGAAAUAUAUAGGAGAAAACAUAAAGCUCCUCGUGGACAGACCGGACGGCACGUACUGCUUCAGGCUUCACAACAAUCGCGUAUAUUACAUGAGCCAGAAUAUUCUCAAACUAUCCACAAACAUUUCCCGGGACAAAUUGGUGUCAGUCGGCACUUGUUUUGGCAAAUUUACAAAGACCAAUAAGUUUCGGCUCCACAUCACAGCUCUGGAUUUCCUGGCGCCCUAUGCAAAGUUUAAGGUGUGGGUGAAACCUGGUGCCGAGCAAUCUUUCCUGUACGGGAAUCACAUCCUAAAGUCCGGUCUGGGGAGGAUCACGGAGAACACCAUGCAGUACCAGGGCGUGGUGGUCUACUCCAUGGCUGACGUGCCCUUGGGGUUUGGAGUGGCUGCCAAGACGACGCAGGAGUGUCGGCGAGUGGACCCAAUGUCCAUAGUUGUGUUCCAUCAGGCUGACGUGGGCGAAUUCAUCAGGAAUGAAGAUGCAUUAACAUAAAUCGAGAUUUUUGGACUACAGCCGCUAUUGAUUUGACAAAUGACACCCCCCAGCACCCUAACCCCACACACAACCUUUCAGCCACAUUUAUUAUAUUUACAAAAAAAUCCCAUUUGAAAUUAUUGGAGUUAUGUGGUGAAAUGCAACAAAGAAAACUUUGUUUUAAAAUGAAAUAAUGGACUUGGCAGCAUGGCAAAGACUAGUUUGAAUGUCUGCCUCACAGUGCAGAGGUGCUGGAUUCGAUUCUGACUCCAGCCUUCCUGUGUGGAUUUUUCAUGUUCUCCCCGUGCCUGCGUGGGUUUUCCCCAGGUACUCCGGUUUCCUCGCACAUUCUACAAACAUGCAUGGCAGGUUAACAUAACACUUUAAAUUGUCCCCAGGUAUUAUUGCGAGCACGAAUGAUUGUCUAUGUGUGCCCUGUGAUUGGCUGGCAACCUGUUCAGGGUGUACCCUGCCUACUGCCAAAGAUACCUGGGAUAUUCUCCGGUAUGCCUGCGUCCCGAAGAUGAUUAGAAUAUGGAUGAAUGGAAGGUUCUAUCAGUUGGACUGCAGCUGCUGUUGAUUUGACAACUGACCCCUCACCCCACACACAACUGUCAUCCACAUUUGUUACAUGACAUUUAUCAUAAAUCCUAUUUGUAAUGA